CAGAAGCUCAUACAACGAUCGACCGAAGUUAGCCUCAGGCAACACGAUGACGAUGACGAUGACAACAACUACAACAAGACCAACAAUGAUGACAACAACAAGGCGUGGAAAGUUCUCGACAGCAUCCUCGGUGCUGCUACUCUGCACAGCAUUGCUGCUGACCAAGUCCUUGGGCAUUCUUGCUCUCAGUGGCGAUGGCAAUUCCGUUCAGUUGCCGGGUCAAGCGGAUGCCUGGAGUGAGACGACAACGAUCAGUGAAGGUAGCGGCUGGGAGGUGACCACAGAUCGUGCGGAGCAAGAGGAACUGACAACAUCAGCCGCCAUUGAGGAUGUGGAUACAACAAUCGAUAAUACGGCUCCGGAGGAAGUGGAAACCACUGUCAGUCCCAAUGAACCCGAGCAGGAGACCACCGCCCAGCCGGUUGAGGAGGCAUCCUCAUCUAGCCCCAGCCAGGAAAGCGAAGCCACCACCAUUCCCAGCGAGGAGAACAAACCCACCACAGUGCCCAGCGAGGAAAACAAACCCACCACUGUGCCCAGCGAGGAGAACAAACCCACCACAGUGCCCAGCGAGGAGAACAAACCCACCACAGUGUCUAGCGAGGAUCCAUCCACCACAACCACAACCACAACCACCACCACCACAGAGGCUGCAGUUAUUCCCACCAUUACGCCCACUCCGCCGGCACCACCUGUAUUCGAGUGCAAAGCUGCAGGUGUCUUCGCCCACAUCAGCGGAGACUGUGAGCGUUUCCACAACUGUCUGCUGGAUCCCACAACCAAUGAGCUAUUGGCCUUUGAGAUGCUCUGUCCCCCAUUGACGGCCUUCUCCGCAGCCUACAACCGUUGUUUGCGCGAUGUGUCCUCAUGCACGGAUGAUGGUUUCACUUGCUUGGCUCCAGGACGCUUUGCCGGCAGCGAUGAUAGCUUCUACUACAUGUGUGUGUCCAGUAUGCAAGGUGUUGGCGUCUACCACAAAUACAUUGUGCGCUGCUCAAGUGGAACUCGAUUCGAGCCAAUGUUGGGUCGUUGCUGGCGCUACGAUUGGACGCAGUUUUUGCCCGGACAGGUGCCGCUGGAGUCAAGUGAUCUAGCUGCUAUCAGGCGUGAACAGAAGGAGUUCAAGAUGGAGGAAAAGCUGCGCAAGAAGGCCGAAAAGGAGAAGGAGAAGGAGGCCCGUAAGCAACAAAAGCAGGAAGAGAAGCUGGCAAAGAAGGCGGCCAAGGAACAAGCCAAAAAGGAUGCCAAGGCCAACAAGCCUCUGUCCGUUGAGAGUGCCGAGUCCUUGGAACAGCUCAGCUAUGGAUUUUAAUCGAAUCUAAUCCUGCUCCCCUCCACAAUCUAUGCUGGUGUAUUGCCUAGUCUCAUUUAGUUAUGUUUUUGUUAUUCACCCAAUUUUUUUUUUUCGUUUUGCAUGAAUAAAGACAACAGUUCUUUAAAAAAAAAAAAA